UUAUUUUUUUUUAAAAUAUAAGAAUUUAUAAUCUCAAAUUUAUUAAAUUACAAACAAAUAAAAGAUACAAACUUUAUAACCAAACAAAACUAAGUAAAAGAUAGGAUAUAUCUUCUCUCCCCUCAUCAUCUACGUGUCUCUAUCUCUGUGGACCUUUUUAUCAUCCGAUCUCUAAUCCUCCUUUCCUCUCACCAAAUCAACAUAGCAGAGCACGAAUCUCUACCCACUCUAAACAACGCCGUCUUUGGAGGCGGAGAACAAGUUGCGAGUGAAGGACGGGGUGAAGAAGGAGAGGGACGGAUGAGUGGCGUGAGGUUGCCCAUUUCAGAGGAGGUUGAGAAAUAUUAAAUCUUUAUGGUGUCGUCGGCGCCACCGGAUACAGCGACAGAGCUGGAGGCUUUAACCGACUUAUGGAGAAAAGGUGGGAGGGAAAGGAGAAGAGUAGGGUUGGGAUUGGGAUUGUUUGAGUUCCCGUGUCCUCAGGCGUAUCGCUGCCGCGUCUUUCCGUAUUCGUAUUUAUUAAAAAACAAAGGACACGUUUUUUAGGUGUUGAACACGCCGUCCAAGCUCUAGACACGCGUAUCCGAUACCUGUACGCAGAUCCUAAACGCCGUGUCAGUGCUUCCCAGGUUCGCAUCAAUAAAUACCAAGAGGACCAGGAUAUUAAUUUCAUGCAUCUGUCACAUAAUCAAGACAUACAGGGUGUGUUGAAGAUAGUAAUAGAGGAAAUAUGGCGCUGAGCUUAGCACCCCAGAUGGCAGAUGAAAAGGUGUUAGAGGGAGAAGGUGGAUCAUACCAUAGUUGGUCACCUUCCAACUUUCCAUUGCUUGGUGAGGCUAAGGUUGGUGCAGGUGUUCUCAUGUUGCAUCCUCGUGGUUUUGCUCUACCUCACUAUGCAGAUUCCUCCAAGAUUGGCUUUGUUCUUCAAGGUACCUGCACUGUUGGAAUGGCAUCUCCCAACACAUCAGAAGAAACUGUCGUGAUAGUUAAAAAGGGAGAUGCAAUCCCAUUGGAAAUCGGAGUAGUUUCAUGGUGGUUCAACGGCGGAGACACCGCCCUGGUUAUCGUGUACCUGGGAGAUACUUCCAAGGCUCACACUCCGGGGUCAUUCACCUAUUUCUUUCUCACCGGCAUUCUAGGCAUUCUGGGAGGUUUCUCACCCGAAUUCGUUAGCAAGGCUUGUGAUUUGAACAAAGAAGAAACGAAAAAGCUCAUGAAAAGCCAAACAGGUGCUUUGAUAGUGAAGCUUAAAAAAGGAAUAGCCAUGCCUAAACCAUGCAAGAACGCUAGUGAUGGAAAGCUCGUGUUCGGCUUUGAGAAUUCAUUGCCUGAUGUUAAGGUCAAGAAUGGUGGAUUGGUGACAACUAUGACCGCGGAUGAACUUCCUUUGCUAGGAAAAGUUGGACUUAGUGCCAAUGUGGUGAAGUUGGAUGCUAAUGCCAUGUCCUCGCCAAUGUACACUACGGAUUCAUCUAUACAAUUAACUUAUAUUGUGAAGGGAAGUGGUAGAGUUCAAAUUGCGGGUAUUAACGGACAAGGCGCAUUGGAUGCAAAAGUAGAGGCUGGUCGCUUGUUCGUCCUGCCCAAAUUUUUCCUGGUCACGCAUGUUGUAGAUGGAGAGGGAAUGGAGUUUUUCUCCGUUAUAACUCUUACUGGGCCUGUAUUUGAGAAGUUAGCUGGGAAUACGUCAGUUUGGAAAGCUAUAACUCCAGUAGUUCUUGAAGCUGGUCUAGAUGAGACUCCAGAAUUUGUGAAACUUUUCAAGUCCAAGAUUAAAAAGAGCGCAGUUCUUAUCCCUCCAGGGAAUUAAUAAUUGACAAGUUAAUUACAUUAUUACCACUUCAGUCGUUGUCGUUGAAGUUUUCAAUGUUGUGGCAGUUUUUAAAUAUUAUUUGCAAAAACAAUGAAAAAAAGUAAUUGCUCAACAUAUAUCAUGUUGUUGUUUUUGUUG